AUGCUGAGGCGGGGGGUAACCUUCUUCAGCGCUGUGGAAUCGGAGGUGCGGUUGAUUGCGGGCGAGGAGCGGAAUGGUGUUGGAAAUGUCGCUGUUGGCCACGGGUUUGCCGCUACCUCAAGUUACAGCGGGGAAGAUAGCUUUGCCAUCCUCGAGCAGAGCGGAGCCAAGCAGAAGCACAUGAACAGCCUUACAAUGAAUGGCAUCCGAAUACAGCGCUCGCCGAAAGUUGGGGGCGAUUUCAAAAACGCAGGGUACAACUGCCCCUGGUGUUUGUGCCGGUGUGCUGGGGGUUCAUGGUGUGUAGUGAGGUUCAGGAUGACACCGCCGCGCUUCACAAUCCCAAGCAGGGGUUUAGGUGGCCGAGUAUGA